AUGAUUCUGUCAAAAUCUUUCACAUCCCAGUGGGUGGCGCUUGUCUUUAGCACUUCCUGGCACCUCCCGUUUUGCCGUUUCGCUGCCGCGGAGCGUUCCUAUGAGCACCUUGGCCGGGCGCUUGAUAGCAUGAGCGCUAUAUCUGAUGCUUCUUGCCUCAUGGUCAUCGGCCGCGACGACUACCAGCGCUAAUUCGCCUGUUAUUUACUGCCGAGCUUUUUGGUCUACCGUGUAUUCUAUGCUUCCUAGCAAAGAUGAUUGAUCAGGCCACUCUUCAAACUGCGACAUAUAGCAUCAGGCAUAUAGCUACCGGACAAUACGCUGCUCUCGAGGACACCAAUAGGACUUCGACUUUGAUUGUCCUUCAAGAUAGUCAUUUCGAGCACCUUGCAUGGGUCUUGGACAAGCUGGCUGGACUCGAGGACACUUAUCAUAUCAGGAGUUUCUUGCAGAAUACUUUUGCUCAGACGGGAGAGUCUCCCACCGCGGGCGCUGGGAUCAUUUCUGGGACGGAAUCGUACCCGUGGUUCAUUCGUCCUGCUGCCAGCGGUUUUGGUGACUUCUACCUGAUUUCACCUCAUGAGGAUCCCUCACUCUAUUGGACCAUCGUGAAGACAAGGGAUGGUACAAAUGCUAUACUAACCAACAAUCCACAACACCAGGUAUACUGGCAAUUCGUCAAGAUGUCUGCCUAGGUUUGGUACAAGCUGGGAAUUGGGUGGGGUGCGACACUGGACCUGGGGUGCCAAAGUGGAGUGCGAGGUGUCAUAGUUCAGCGUCACGUCCAGCCAGAUCUCAGCGGGAUGUAUUCGUAGGUAGUAUGGUUUUCUAUGCUCUCAAUGAUUCAUUAAAAUUUUAAAACGUA